UGUCCUCCUACCGUUAAACACUCGCUCGGAGAACAGGUGCGCGCACGGACUCGACGUUGCAUCUGCGUCAAAAACGAAUCGGGAACAUUGAUGGCGACUGGUCGCGUUCGCCGGUCUACUGCGGCUCAACCGGGGCCACCUCACAUCAAGGAGUCCAAACAGGUACCGCGGGAGGCUCUGCUGGACGGACAGGCUCGCGCUGCAUUGAGGACUACUCUGCACUGAGAUGGACUGCAUCUUCGGUGCCGGUGCGAGACGUUGUGCGGUCGCAGGAGCUAUUCGCCCAGUUUGAUCCGGCCACUAUUGUUCUGUUUACCGGGUCAUGUUGUCUGCGUUCAACACGUUGCCUGAGAGGACGCUGGAACGGGUCACUGGUUUACUCCAUCCAUAAUUUAGGAUGACGCCUCUUGGUCACACCUGCUCUGUCUCCUCCCUGUUUCCUCAGCCGGUCUCCAGAGUUCAAACGCCUCAUCCGCAGGCUGAGCGCUCCUGAGCACUCGCUGUGAUCCUCCCUUUCCUGGCUGACGUCCCGCGGAGGUGAUGCGCCGGUUUGCCUACUGUAAGGUGGUGUUGACCACCUCUUUAGUGUGGGUGCUGGUGGAUGUGUUCUUGCUGCUCUACUUCAGCGAGUGUAACAAAUGUGACGAUCGGAAAGACCGCUCGCUGCUCCCGGCCCUGCGAGCGGUGAUAUCUCGGAGCCAUGAGGGUCCAGGGGAGAUGGGCAAGGCAGUAAACAUCCCCAAGGACAACCAGGAGAAAAUGAAGGAGCUCUUUAAGAUUAACCAGUUCAAUCUGAUGGCCAGCGACAUGAUCGCACUCAACAGGAGUCUGCCAGACGUGAGGCUGGAUGGCUGUAAGACCAAGCUGUAUCCGGAUGAGCUGCCAAACACCAGCAUUGUCAUCGUGUUCCACAACGAGGCGUGGAGCACCUUGCUGCGGACAGUUCACAGUGUCAUCAACCGCUCUCCCAAACAUUUGCUCGUGGAGAUUGUCCUCGUCGACGAUGCCAGCGAGCGAGACUUCCUGAAGAAGAAACUAGAGAACUAUGUGCGGACUCUGGAGGUGCCGGUGAGGAUCCUGAGGAUGGAGCAGCGUUCAGGUCUAAUCAGAGCCAGGUUGAGGGGGGCAGCCGCCACCAAAGGGCAGGUCAUAACCUUCCUGGAUGCUCACUGCGAGUGUAUUGUCGGCUGGCUGGAGCCACUGCUGGCGCGCAUCAAAGAGGACAGGUCAGCAGUGGUGUGCCCUAUCAUCGACGUCAUCAGCGACGAGACGUUUGAAUACAUGGCUGGAUCAGACAUGACCUAUGGUGGAUUCAACUGGAAGCUGAAUUUCCGCUGGUACCCAGUUCCUCAGCGGGAGAUGGAUCGACGCAAGGGGGACAGAACUCUGCCCGUCAAGACUCCCACCAUGGCAGGAGGAUUAUUCUCUAUAGAAAAAUCAUACUUUCAAGAAAUAGGAAGCUACGAUCCAGGGAUGGAUAUUUGGGGCGGAGAGAACCUGGAAAUGUCUUUUCGGAUCUGGCAGUGCGGUGGCUCGCUGGAAAUAGUAACGUGUUCACACGUGGGCCAUGUUUUCCGGAAAGCCACCCCAUACAAUUUCCCCGGAGGAACGGGCCAAGUCAUCAACAAAAACAACAGGCGCCUGGCUGAAGUCUGGAUGGAUGAUUUCAAAGAUUUCUUCUAUAUCAUAUCACCAGGCGUGAUGCGGGUGGACUACGGAGACGUUUCUUCCCGUAAAGACCUCCGCGAGGCCUUGAAGUGCAAACCCUUUUCCUGGUAUCUCGAGAACAUCUAUCCAGACUCCCAGAUCCCAAGAAGAUACUACUCACUUGGUGAAAUCAGAAACGUUGAGACCAACCAGUGUGUGGACAACAUGGGAAGAAAAGAGAACGAGAAAGUUGGAUUUUUCAACUGUCACGGCAUGGGUGGAAACCAGGUGUUCUCUUACACGGCGGAUAAAGAAAUUAGGACAGACGACCUCUGUCUGGACGUCUCCCGCCUCAAUGGACCCGUCGUCAUGCUCAAGUGUCACCACAUGAAGGGCAAUCAGCUGUUCGAGUACAACGCUGAGCGACUCACCCUGCUGCAUGUGAACAGCAACCAGUGUUUGGACAUGCCGUCCGAGGAGGACAAGAUGGUGCCCACCCUGAGAGACUGCAACGGCAGCCGCGCUCAGCAGUGGCUGCUCCGCAACAUGACCCUGAGCGCCUGAUCCUUCGCCUCACCUCUCUUCCCCCCUCCCCCGCUCUGUCCUUAUCCUAACCAGGUGUCUCUUCCCCCAGCACGCCGUACACCUCUCUUCCUGUCACAGCCCGGCCAGUGAAUACAAUGUCCAGGCAGCAUCGGCUUAUCUUCCAUUAUGGGAGCGACUCCUUUUUCAGCUCGCCUCAGGUGUGACAGGAGCUGCACCUGCUGUUCAGGCGACACGACAAGCCGGGGCUUUGGGGACCUCGGCGUGUCCGAGCAGGGAGAACAAUGUGUCAGGCCUGUGCAUGGAGAAACAUUCAAAUCAAAGCACUCUGCUGGCUGUGCGUCCAGCGUGCAGCUCAGACUGACGCUGAGCUGCUUGUCAAACAAUUAAACAGAAGUGCACCCAGAACGAACUUUGCCAGGCACAUCUCUGCGAUGGUGUACGUGACUUUCCAUGUACACUGGCGCCUACUUAACAUGUAGGAACAAUCUCAUUCUCUCUCCAUAUCGGUGUCUGAGCGACAUAACAGGAAGUGAUGAUGUUACUCGAGCCCGACUAAGACUGGAUUUGUGAAGGUGAUGCCGAUGUUGAUAAUCGAGGUUUAGUGAUUUCUGAUAACAAUACUGUAUGUGUACUGAUAUUUGGUUUUCAAACUGAAGGUUGAUUUUGACGCAAGGAAAUGUAAACUUAUAAGGAUAUUUCAUGACAUUUCUGUAUAUUUUUAAAUUUUUUGAAAAGAGGAUUACACACUUCACAUGUAUUGAAACUGUGUCUAAGCUUGGAGCCACUGGGUGGGAGUUUCCCACAGCAGCUGGGAACUGACAUGUUAGGGGUGGUGAGGCCUUGUCAAUGUCCGUGAUGCGCUGCUUACUGUCAUGAUCCUUUUUGUUAUUUUAAUAACAAACUCAUAUAAUGUUGGCUAUCGACCUGAUUUAAACCGCCUGUGUGAACUAUUUUUUUUCUUCUUUUAGAAACCAAAUAAUUACAAGUCCUGACAAAAACAAAUAACUUAUGUAAAACUGAAUUAUUAUUUCAGGUUGACUUUUUAUUAAACAAAUGACAUAACAAAUGCUUUAGCAGGAUUCAUUUAAUUUGGUUAUUAAAAAACACAAACAGUAUUUACAAGGUUUAGUUAUUAGUGGUCUGUGAGACAAACUGUUAUUGACUCACAGUUAACUAUAUAUGUGUGUGUGUGUGUGUGUGUGUGUGUGUGUCAGAACUGCCCAUUUGGUCUACUUCAAACUUGCCGGUUGUAUUACUGAACCCAAGGACAGGCGACAAGUUCAAUAUUAAUAAACUUUGAUUAAACAAGUGACACACAGCGAUGGCUGCAGUUCACUUUUGCUGCUGAAUGCUCGGUUCACUCUAAACUGAAAUUGGAUUCACUUUCCUGGAGUCAACGAGUCGCGAGCUCUGAACAGCCCCACCCUGAAUGGCCACUGCAGUAGUUUAUCAAAUACCUCAAACAUGUCUUUGGCACUUCUGUACCAGAGCUCACAUGUAGGCAGAUAAUACGAUACUUGUGAUAAAAUAAUAUAUAAUAUUAUUAAUAUAUAAUAAUAUUGGCUGAUUUAUUAUUUAUCGGGCUCUCGUCGUUAACGUGGAUUUCUUAAAAUGUUUAGAACAAAUAUGAAUCUGAAGAUUUUAAACCAUCAUCUGAAAUAUAUUAGAGUGUUUCACUUAUCCUCCCAGAUUAGUGAAACAUGAAUUACAGUAUGAACAAGUGAGAAAUCUCUUUUGAUCCGUACAGAAGAUUAUUAAUAACUAAUUGGUGGAAUGAAAGAAGUGGCUGCGGGAAAGGAAGUAUCAAGUAAUCAAGACUCUUCAAAAUAGAUUUUGAAGUGUUUUCCUGAAAUAACAACUGCAUUCUGAAAUACUUAAAGUGCACUGCGUUAUCAUUACUAAAGUUUCUGAUUCCUGGGACAUAUUUUGUGAAAUCACGAUGUUUUUGAAACAGAAUAGUUACGUGUGCCUUUAGAAAGUUGUUGGUUAUUUGGUUCAUUGGUUUUGAGAAAAUUUUUGAUUUAUUUUGGUGUUAAAAAAGAAGAAUGUUCAUUUUCGAGAAGCAACAAAAACAAACAAAAACUCAUACCUCAUGAAUAUGUCACUCAUAUUGAUGCUUGAUCAAACAUUUAGUUACUUUAAACUUUACAGUUUACAGUGUAAAGUCAGUAUGUCAGCACCCUCCCAUCACACAUGUACAUGUGACUUUUCACUACAUUAUAGAUCAAGCAACCAAUGUUAUUGUACAUAAUGCUGUUGACAUGUUUAUAUCACCAUUGUUCUUGUUUGUACAUACAGAACCAAUUAUUUUUCUAAGAUGCUGUAAAACUUGAACACUCCUGACCAAGACACUGCAUGGUAAAGAGAUCAUGAGGUAAUGCAUUGUUUCAUUUGGAAUUGUGGUAAUAAAAAACAGUGCUUUCCUUGGAUUUUGAAAUUGCGGUGUGUUUUGGUAAUCAUCAGCGGCCCGACGAAACCAAUUCACCGACCACCUUAAGGACGUCCAUGAGGGAGCAACUACGGGGAAACACUAUCAAUGCUGCUCGGAGACGGAAUCCUACUUGGCAUUCAAAAUCAAUCAACUCUUCCAUAUUACGCACACACCUUUAUUGUUUUUCAUUAUCCUAAAGUGCAUGGUGUUGAAAUAGGAAUGUCAUAUUUCAAUGUACAAGUUACAAAGUGAUGUUACCUGUUUGUACCUUUUCUUUUGUAGAAAACCCCCCCCCAACUUUGACUGAACAUAUAUUUAGUAUUCAUCUGUGUCGAGCAAACACAUCACACUCUCACAUCAGUUGUUUAAUAAACCUUGUUCUUGAAGCUU